UUUCAGUCACGUACUUGUAAAAUGACGAAAGCUAAGGUUGGGAUCAACGGGUUUGGUCGUAUUGGGAGGCUUGUACUCAGAGCGUCAAUCUUGAAAGACACUGUGGAAGUAGUUUCUCUGAAUGACCCUUUCAUUGACUUGGAGUAUUUGGUUUAUAUGUUCAAGUAUGAUUCAACUCAUGGGAGGUUCCACGGAGAUGUUUGCAUCAAAGACGGGAAACUGUGUGUAAAUGGAAGGCUUAUUUCUGUUCAUGGUGAGCGAGACCCAGCAAAUAUUCCCUGGGAGAAGGAGGGUGUUCAGUACGUUGUGGAGUCUACGGGAGUUUUUACAACUAUUGACAAAGCAUCAGCGCAUAUUAAGAACAAUCGAUCCACGAAAGUUGUUAUUUCAGCUCCCUCAGCUGAUGCACCUAUGUUCGUUGUUGGCGUGAAUGAGAAAUCGUACGACAAGUCAAUGACGAUUGUAUCAAACGCAUCAUGCACAACAAACUGCCUAGCUCCUCUGGCUAAGGUUAUCAAUGACAACUUCGAGAUAGUCGAGGGUCUCAUGACUACUGUUCACUCAUAUACAGCCACGCAGAAAACUGUAGAUGGACCGUCACAAAAACUGUGGCGUGAUGGUCGUGGUGCUGCUCAAAAUAUAAUCCCAGCUGCUACUGGUGCAGCAAAGGCUGUCGCUAAGGUCAUCCCCUCACUACAAGGAAAGUUAACCGGGAUGGCUUUCCGAGUUCCUACCGCGGAUGUGUCAGUUGUCGAUCUGACAUGUAGAUUGGGCAAAGGUGCUUCUUAUGAUCAAAUUAAGGCCGUCGUGAAAGCAGCAGCUGAAGGUCCAAUGAAAGGCAUCUUGGAAUACACUGAAGAUGAAGUGGUUAGCUCAGAUUUCAUAGGAUCUACGUCGUCAUCCAUUUUUGACGCAAAGGCUGGUAUCUCUCUCAACAAUAAUUUCGUGAAACUAGUCGCUUGGUAUGUUUGCUCGCUUUCAUUUCAUAACUUCACUUUUUUUUAGGUAUGACAAUGAGUUCGGUUACAGCUGCCGGGUCGUCGAUCUGAUUACCCACAUGCAUAAAGUUGAUCAUGCAUAAUGAAAUAGUUCCUACUAGUAAAUGGUUCUGUUGAAUGUUAGAUAAAAGCAAUAAAGCGUUUUCUUAAAUAGAACUCCGAUUUCUCCCUCCUUUGGGAUGCUGUACCAUCUCUUUCAGGCGUAUUUAAAAGAUUAGGGCAGCAUUAUUUGGCUACUGUAUAAAUCUUGUUUCAGUUGUUUAUGUCCUAAGCCAGUUCCCCCUUGCCUUAACGUUCCUGAAGGUCCUUGUGACUGUAAGGUAGUACCCUUCGUCAGUAGCAUGACGUUAUGCGCUUAGGGACGCGGUACUUGAAAACCGCGUGACAAGUAUCUGUACCAUCGUUAUCAGGGAGUCCGGGUUCCUAUGCUGUUUUGCGACCAUCGUUAUAAGUUGUCCUAGACAUUGGACGUCAGCCGACUGUUAACUUUCUACCGCAUCACGCUUGUGGUGAUGCACGGGAGACUUGUUGCCUUUGUAUUUCCUUGUUGGUUAUCAGUCUGAAAAUAGGUAUCGUCAGCCUUAUUUGCUGCGGUUGCGCUGUGGUCUGCAGGCGUUCUUUAUGAUUGUGACGGGAGAGCAGGUAAAACCACUUUUCUACUUUCGAUACUUCAAUACUAGUACGACUCAACCGACAUUUACAUUCGGUGGUGUUAUUCCAUAGUGUAGUGUCACAUGACAGGAAACUAGUGGCUUAGUACUUUACCGAUUAUUUGGAUUUUCUGUAGAGUCGUCUCUAUGCGUGGGUCAGUUAGAUCCAUACGAAGAGGUCGAGUCUGGGAAAUAUCGUUGGACAAUCCUCAAUCUUUCCAACAAAUUCAAAGGUAUCUUUGAGACUGUACUUCACAACUUCUUUAUGAAGAGGCUUCAAGAGAUGUACUAACCAUUUUGCUGUUGUAUGAUACGGAGAGUUUAUCAUAUAGAGAACUGGUCCGAGAGGCAG